CCUCCACCAUCACCGCCCAGUCCGCUUCCAUUGCCCCCUGCAUCCUCACACGCCGCCGUCAUCUGCCGUCGACCACCUGCAUAUCCACGGUCCUCCAGUUGCCCGAGUUGUCGACCCCGACGUUGUCGCAAAUGUUGUUUUCCACUUUGGUGGUCGAAGUGAUGGGGGCGGUCUGAAAGCACCUCCAGAGCCGGUGCAGCAGUGGCGAUCUUCCUGGCUUCUGCGCUUCGCAUUUUACCGUGUUUCCUCUCUUAUUCAAGAACACCGCGCUUCGGCCCCGGCUGCAACACCUCUUGUUACGACAUUCUUGCCGGGUCGCGCAAAGAGUAAUUGUGUCUCAGUCCGAGCAGUCGUUUCAGCGCCGCCACUGGCGGUGACGUCUACUCCAGGCGAGGUCGGCGGGCUGGAGAGCGCCGUCGCCCCCUGCGGCAGCGGCAGUGGCGCUGGCAGUGGCGCUGGCGCUGGUGUGGUGCUCAGCCACGUGGCUAUGGAUGUGGAUCAGGGUGCUCGUAUCGGUUUGCUGGGUCUGAACGGGAGUGGCAAGUCCUCCCUGCUGCGGGUGCUGAGCGGCGUCCUGGCGCCCGUGUCCGGGGAGCUCAUCUACCCCUGCUCGGCGUCGCGCCUGUCGGUGGCGUGUCUAGACCAGCACAGCGGCAGGAAGCUGCUGGCCAUGGCGGCGACGACGGAUAAGGUGCAGCAGCAGCAGCAGGCGCAAGAGGGGGAGAGGAAGCAGGGGAAGCAAACGGGAAGUGAUUGUGGUGGUGGUGUUGGUAGUGGCGGCAACAGGGCAGGCGGCGCUUGUACGGUGACUUGCUUCUCUGUCGUACAGGCUUGUGCGCCGCAUUUGAAGCCUCAGGAGGUGUACGACUACCUGGGCAAGUUUGCCGUACCGGGCCCUGUGGCGGCUAUGCCGUUGGCGGCGCUGAGCGGCGAUGCUGCCCAGGCAAGGGCUCAGAACGCCGCCAUCUUCAGCAACGCAUCUGGCGAUGUCGCUUCCGUACUCGGGUUGUCUCUGUACGGCCAGAACGACACGUGGCCCAUGCCCAUGGUGCAGUACUUGUACAUGUUCCGAAACCUGUCGGGGUACGGCUACUCCGGACCACUACUUCGCGCAUUUGUCGAGUUCCUCAUCCCAGGCACAUUAAACACCGACGGCAGCCAGAUGGCCGCCAGCUCCGAACUGACGCCCAUGCCACUGGAAGUACAGGCGGUAUCACGUGCGGCGGUUGCGACCGUUACCCUCCGUACACUGACGGUUACCUGGUCCAGUGAAGCAGCAGGCCUCGCUGACGGCGACGCCGGCGCGGCGCUGUACACCUUCUCCGCCAACCGAGAGUCGUACGACGUGUACCAGCUGGCGGAGCUGCAAAGCGCCGUACAGCGGGUGGAGGCGCGACUGGACGGCGGGUUGCCGACGGUGUUGCGGGUCGCGUGUACGGCAGAUACGUUUGGCUAUGUACGGCUACUGCGUGGUGAUGUUCAGGACAUGGCCAGCAGCCCAAUCCGCAUCCUGGACGAAAUGGGCUCCCCCACGGAUAUCGUGGCCCUGCUGCGCGCAUCACUCCUUGCCGCCGCCACCACCACCUCCUCCUCCUCCUCCAGCAGCAGCAGUGCUACUGCCGCCGCCAGCUCAGCCGCCACUCACUUGGUGGUGCAUCCGGGGCCUCUACCUCUUGACGUGUGGCAGAACCUGUCCCUGGUGGCGCCCGUGGCGCAGAUUCCCGUCAGCAUCCGGCCCGUGGCGGUGAUGUACCGGGGCGACCAAGGACUCAACCUCACGCUGUGCACCGUGGCCGGAAUCAUCAACGGCACCAUCACCACCUGGAACCACAAGCAGAUCAAGGACAACAACCCCAACAUGAAGUUGCCCAACACCACCAUCACACUGCUUUUCGCUGGACCGUACGACCCCGACUUAAACGCCGUACUGCUGUACGUACGGAAGGGCGCCGAGGCCGCAAACUGUUCGCAGUACAAGGGCCUGCAAGGGGCCCCCCCGUCCACCUCCCCAGUGGCGGGUGGCGGCGACGUCCUCACGCAGCUGACCAACGGGGACCCUUAUAGCGGUCUGGCGUUCCUGGCUGCUUCCAACCUGGUUUCGGAGAGGGCAGCCGGGGCAGAUCUACGGGCCGCGGCGUUGCCCAGCACCAAGAGCGGUACAUUCGUCACGCCGCUGCAGGCAAGUAGCCCAGGCCUGAUCAGCGACAGCUACUGCCUCUCCUCGGGAUGCCCCCUCCUAGUCGGCCAGGCGUAUACGGCGGUCGUGGAGGUAGCAGCCAAGUCCCAGACCGGCGGAUCGGACGAUGCGUUGGGGGCGGUUCCCUGGGAUCCCACGGGCAAUUGGGCCGGCUCCUCCCUGAGCUAUGGAGGGAAGGAGGGGGACCUGUACCCCGUGGCCAGGUGCGUGUGCGUGUGCGUGGCCAACCCCUCCACAACCAUAGUCCUCGCCCGCGCCCCCUCCGUCUUUGACUCGGCGCUGGGGGGCAGCCUCGCCAGCAGCCUCGCCAGCAGCCUCAGGGGCGACCUGGCCGGGACGAGCACAACGGCGGCGGACCUCCAAGCCCAGGCAUGUAUGUGUGACCAGAACCAGCAAAUCGACAUUGCCAAGCUGGACCGCGCAUACAACAUCGCCGUGGCGGCGCUGGUGCUAGGCCUCGUUUUGUCGGUGCUGGCGCUGGCUCUAGUGCUGUACGUUGUUUCCUUGGUGCGCGGCGGCCGUGGUGGCGGCGGCGGCGGCGGUUGUCUCAGCCCAGGUGCUGCUGGUGCCAAGUACGAGUUGCAGCAGCUCGAUGUGCCCAUCAGUCACCAUGUCCUUGCUUUGCCACUGGGCGCAUCCAUGUUAAAUCUCACUGUCCCAAAAAGCAACACCCCCACCGAUCAUGCGGGCUGCCCUACA